CUCACACACAAAUGCACUGGACGUUUGACGGUCUCGCGCGCUUUAGCGGUCUCAGUAACUCAGUUAACUCACUCUCUUCUCUUCUCUUCUCUUCAUAAAAUUGUACGGAUCACUGACCGAACUGAUUAUACUUAAAAGAGAAGGAAACUUCUCUUUCGAUUCUUUUGUUUGGUUUCCUAGAAAAUUUGUUAAGAAUUGAGAGAGAGAGAGAGAGAGAGAGAGAGAGAGAGAGAAAGAGGCAAUGGAAUAUUUGAAUUUUUCUCUACGGCCACCAUCGCCGGCGGCUUACGCAGCGCAAGAACAAGCACACAACAACCAACACCAUGCGUCCGACGGCGCGUGCGAUCGGAAGGAUGGCGAAGGACGAAUACCGCGAAGAGCGUCGAAUAGGUCGGGGAGACCGAGACCACGACGGCGGUCACCCCAGGGAUUCAAGGUCUUACCGGGACAGGUGGCCUUGCGAUUGUUCUGCCCCCAGUCUAUGAUUGGAGGCGUCAUCGGGAAUUCCGGUGCCAUCGUGUCUCAGCUCCGGCGAGAGACUGAUACCAAGAUCCACUGCGAGAAUCCAGCGCCCAGGUCAGACCAAGGAAUUGUUUUGGUCAUCGGGUCCAGGUUGCCUGAUAAAAGGAUCGUGCUGAGUACUAAUACCGGCGUGGAGGCGUCCGUGAGGGAGGAGUGUGACGUGUCGAGCGCUCAGGAUGCGAUGCUUAGGGUUUUGGAGAGAAUCUGGACUUUGGAGGCAGAGAAUCAGGGUGUUACCGCUGCUGCUGCUGCUUCCAUGCGAGUGGUGUCGUGUAGAUUGCUCGCUGAGAAGUCUCAAAUCGGUGCGGUGAUGGGGAAAGGAGGGGCAAAUAUUAUCAGAAUGAGAAAGGAGAGCUCUGCUAAUAUUAGGAUCGUCUCAGUUCGGCAAGAGGCAGCUGGAUUCGAAGAAGCUAUUCAGAUUACUGGAACUAUUUUGGCCGCAAAGAAGGCUUUCAUUGCUGUUUCUAGUUGUAUUCAAGAUCAAUCAAUUCUAGAAAGUGAGCCCACCUUUUUUAACAGAUCUACAGAGUGUUCUUCCUCGGGGACGUUUCAUAAUUCUGAGACUAAUGCUGAGUUUUUCCCAAAUCUUAGCUCAUUGUUACCACAAACUUCUUUUAAUAUAAAAAAUGCUUCAUUUGACUCUUCCACGGCAGAUGCCAAUGGAGUCCACAAGGAUGGCGCAAAGGGUACACAACAAGAAGUUUUGUUUAGACUUAUUUGCUCUAAUGAUACAGCUGGGAGCGUGAUUGGUAAAAAAGGGUCCAUAGUUAGAGCUCUAGAGAAUGAGACUGGUGCUGAUAUAAAAUUUGCAACUCCUAAGAAUAGCUCUGGUGAGCGUGUUGUCACUAUUUCUGCAUUUGAGAACAUUGAAUCAGAUUACUCUCCAGCACAAAAUGCUGUUAUUCUUGUGUUUGCUAGAAUUGUUGAAGGGGACAUUGAGAAAGGGUUUCUAUUAGGUUUCAGUAAUGGUACAACUGUAACAGCAAAGCUUCUAGUUUCGACACAUCUAGUUUCUUGCUUGAGUGAAAAUGAAAGUAAGGUCAUUGAAGAAAUCAAAGAAGUAUCUGGUGCUGAUAUACGAAUACAGGGCGGGACUCUACAAAAUCAAGUGGUAAAGAUUACUGGUGAGUAUAGAACUGUACAGACUGCUUUAUUUCAAGUCACUAGCACUCUGAGGAAUCACCUUAUGCAUCGUGAGGUCCUCAAUGACGUGAGAGCAAGGAGUUUCUAUGCUAGGGUGAUAGAGCCUGCCUCUUCUCGACCACAGCAGUCAUCAUCCUGGUCUCUUAAUGCCACUGAUGAAGCUCUUUUAACAAGUCUAAGGAACCGAGUUGUACUCUCUCCCCUUCCAGGUGCUUUUGAACCAAAGUCACAGCUACCUCAGAAUAUGAAAACAGAGUAUGCCAACUCCAACACUGAUGCUGGGGAUGCCUUCACAAGAUUUGGCAUGAAUCUUGAAGUUGGAAGCGGGAACAAACUUGCUGUAGUAACUAAUACAAUUUUGGAGAUAGUAGUUUCGCGGCACGCUUUUAACUCUAUCUAUGGUGAAGAUGGUGGCAAUUUAAAUCGUCUUAAAGAGAUUUCAGGAGCCAAAGUGGAAGUGCAUGAUCCUCGUCCCGGGGAAAGUGAAGGGAAGGUUGUUAUAUCCGGGACACCUGAUCAAACCUUGAGAGCACAGAGUUUACUUCAAGCCUUCAUCCAAACUACGAAGAAAUCAUAAACUCAGAAUUUAUUUGAUCUAAAAAACUGUGAUUUUCGACCAUUUAUUUUAUACAGUUGAGCAGAGGAGGUAUAUUCGUUUUGUGUACAUUCUACUAAAGGUAGCCAGCCAACAACCAAGAAUAGUAUUACAGUACUGGCUACCGCUAAUCUCAUUCAUGAAUAUGGAUGUAUGUAUUAGUAUGAGCUUAGGACAUCAUUGUAAGGGAGAAAAUAGGGAUAUAUAUCUUUUGUUGUGUAGAUGCAACUUCGGUUCUUGAUCGACUAGGAUGUGACUUAGUGAAUCUUUUUUUGCGAGUAACUAGAUAGGACACCUGUUGAUUAAAUAUAGAAAUGGUUUGUGUGGUUUUUUUUUCUUUUUUUUGUUAUGUGUAACCUUAUGACUCUUUUUUAAUAGAACUUGAGGCUUUUUUUGCGA